GUCGGUUUCAGCCCUGGACAACUGCGCUGGUCUCAGUCAUGGCUGAGAAUGGCCCCAACCCUCAGGCCCGGGCGCUUCUGCAGCAGUGUCUGCACGCCCGGCUGCAAGUACGCCCGGCCGAGGAAAACACCGCGGCCCACUGGGUGGAGAUUCAGAGAGGAUUAGUGAUCUACGUGUGCUUCUUCAAAGGAGCUGAUAAAGAACUUCUUUCCAAGAUGGUUAAAACACUGUUAAAUGUGAAAUUAAGCGAGACAGAGAAUGGCAAGCACAUCUCUAUCUUGGACCUUCCUGGAGACAUUCUUAUCAUCCCUCAAGCCACCCUGGGGGGAAGAGUGAAAGGAAGAAGUAUGCAGUAUCACGCUAACUGUGGAAAAGAAGAAGGGUUAGAACUCUAUUCCCAGUUUGUGACUCUGUGUGAGAAAGAGGUCGCUGCUAACAGCAAGUGUGUUGAAGCAGGGGUUGUGGUAGAACAUGGUACUUAUGGGAACAGGCAAGUGUUAAAACUGGAUACCAAUGGACCAUACACACACUUAAUUGAGUUUUAAAAAUGAAAAAGUUUCUUUGGAGAAAUGAAAGUUGGGAUUGAAGAACUAGCUCAACAGUUCUGAACAUAUGCUUGGUAUGCAGGAAGCCCACGUUGAUCCCCAACAAUCCUUCGAGUUCCAUGAACAGUUCAGGAAAUGGUCACCUCCCCACCACACCCACACACACCCCAGCACAGAACUGGGAGUGAGUGCCACCCCCUCAAAAAAAAAGGCUUUUUAAAGUUCCUGUGUUUAAUUUCUGGUAUAGAGUUAUCAAAUAAUCAGAUUUUCUUACCCUGCUUCUUUCAUCUACAAAUCUGCUAUAUUUUCAGAUAAAAAUCCUGAGUCAUAUCCAUUACUGUGCAAUCAUUGUUAUAUAAUAGUCUUGUAGAGUCACUAAAACUGGUUCUCAAUCACCUUUCAUCCUACUUGUGCCUAUAUUCCACUGAAAUUUUUUAUGUUUUGUUUGGGGAUCACAGACAGUGAUGUUCAGGGGCUGUCCCCCUUCACCAGCUCAUUGCUCAGGGACCAUGCAAUACCAUUGCUCCAGCCCAGG